GCCAGGCUGGUCUCGAACUCGUGACCUCAGGUGAUCUGCCCACCUCAGCCUCCCAAAGUGCUGGGAUUAUAGGCAUCAGCCACCUUGCCUGGCCUCCCAGCCUUUCUUGAUCCCUCUGCCUGGGGGGUACCUUGCCUUAAGUUGAGCACUGAGUCACGGUGAUGAUACUUUCAGUGUAGAUUCAUUUUUCAAUCAACAAAUCCAAAUGCCCUCCCUAUUCCUAAGUAUAUUCCCACCCUCCUCCAUCCAUACAGCAGAGGACACUAAAGCAUAUUACAAACUUAAGUUGGGGAUUGGAGAUUGUACUCAUUUAGGGAAUGCGAAAAUUGCAGCCAUUAGCUGAGCUCAUUCUACCUCUUCCGGUUGCUAGCUGUGUGACCUUUAGCAAGGCACUUGACCUCUCUGAACCAAGUCAGCCCUUCACUUCUAUCCAGAGACUGUGGUUGCCUCUGCUUCUGCUGCUCCCUCUCCUCCAAACUGGCUCUCUUCUUCUGCACUUCCAGUCUUUUAAAUUUCCCUUUACUGCUAACCCUGCCUGAAGCCAGUGGGAAGCCAGUCCUAUUAGAAAUCGCAUUUACACUUCAGAAGUCUGCAAAUUGGUGUCACUCAGCAGGUGUCUGUCCUUCACAGUGGGAGAGAAGCCCAGAUUGGGCAGGAAGGGCAGAGCUGGAGAACAGGAGAGGAGGGGAGGCUGCUGCCCCAUUGGAAGAUUACUCCCCAGGCUUCCCUUGCCCCAAGCAGUGAGCUAACUGGAAUGGUACCCCGGGAGGCCCCUGAGUCUGCUCAGUGCCUGUGCCCUUCCUUCACCAUCCCAAAUGCCAAGGAUGCGCUUCGGAAGAGGCACAAGAGAAGGAGCCGACAGCACCAGCGGUUCAUGGCCCGGAAGGCCUUGCUGCAGGAGCAGGGGCUACUGAGCAUGCCUCCAGAACCAGGGUCCUCCCUACUGCGCACCUCUUUCAGGGCAGUGCCAGCAACUGAGGCUGCCAGCAGUGGGAAGCAGUGUCUGAGGGCUGGAUCUGGCGGUGCCCCAUGCAGCAGAAGGCUUGCUCCCAGGAAAGCCUCAGGGCCCUUGCCCAGCAAGUGUGUGGCUAUCGACUGUGAGAUGGUGGGCACGGGACCCCAAGGGCGGGUGAGCGAGCUGGCCCGCUGUUCUAUCGUGAGUUACCAUGGCGAUGUCCUCUAUGACAAGUACAUCAGGCCCGAGAUGCCCAUCGUCGACUACCGUACUCGCUGGAGCGGCGUCACUCGGCAGCACAUGCGCAAGGCUAUCCCUUUCCAGGUGGCCCAGAAAGAGAUCCUUAAGCUCCUGAAGGGCAAGGUGGUGGUGGGGCACGCGCUGCACAACGACUUCCAGGCCCUCAAGUAUGUCCACCCUCGGAGCCAGACCCGGGAUACCACCUAUGUCCCAAACUUCCUCAGCGAGCCCGGCCUCCACACCCGGGCCCGGGUCUCUCUAAAGGACCUGGCCCUGCAGCUGCUGCACAAGAAGAUCCAGCAGGUGGGCCCGCACGGGCACUCAUCAGUAGAAGAUGCCAUGACAGCCAUGGAGCUCUACCGGCUGGUGGAGGUGCAGUGGGAACAGCAGGAGGCCCGCAGCCUCUGGACCUGCCCUGAGGACAGAGAACCUGACAGCAGCACAGACAUGGAACAGUACAUGGAGGACCAGUACUGGCCCGACGACCUUGCCCACGGCAGCAGAGGAGGAGCCAGGGAGGCACAGGACAGAAGGAAUUGAGAAGGGGGCAGGGCUCCCUGACUGGGCCUCUGGUGUGGCCAGUAGGAAGUGGGGGCCAGGAGAGCAGCGGGCACUCCUUCCUGGGCAGGGCGGGGCAGGAUGCAGCGAGCCAGCCCCAGGGCCAGAGGAUUGGGGGUCAUCUGUUAUCUUGACACCCUCUGCUCACAGCAUAGGGCUCUGUCUCUCCAGGGCUGUUGGUUCUUUCUCCUGACUCCUGUGAUUUUGCUAAUGGCACUUUACAGACUCGAUGGAGAUGUCAGGUGGACCAUCUUCUAGGGCCCAGCAGGAGUAGGGAAUGUGUCCACAGACUGACCAGGUUGUCGUGGCCUUCCCCACCCCUCAGAUCUCCUGAGUCAUCAUACUGUGCUAAUGAAAGGAAUCAUAUCACCCUCUCUGGGGUUGGUGGGUGGGGGUGUCAAUAUCCUGGAGCUCCCUUACCCCAACUCAAUGACUUGGGGUAAAGUUAUCUUCCUUUUAUUGCCUACCUCUUCCUCCACUCAUUUUGGGUUCAGAAUAAAUAUGCCCUGAAGUUAAAGAGUUAAGUCCUAAAGGAGACAUUUCUUCCCCACCUCCCUGACCUGGAACUCUGGCUACAGCCAUUGUAGGAACUCCGUGCUCCGCGUGGCCUGUCAGCUCCCUGCUAGGCUACAGUGGAAUAGCAGAGCCCACAGGCUUCUCGUGGGGAACUGGCCCCUUAACAUGCUUGGCAACAGAAGGCCCCAGGCACAGCUCAGGGAGGAGGGAAGGCAGGUAAGCUUUGGACGAGAACGGGCAUAUUUAUUUUGACCCAAAUCAGGGACUUCCCCAGUCCACCCAGUACUGGGCUCUUAAGCAAAAGCCUGAGAAACAAGACAGUGGUUUGAAUUCUGGGGCCUUUGUGUAGAAUUGUGCCUGACCUUUAUUUAUUUAUUAAGAGCAGGGCUACGCGUCUAGGGGAGUAGAGUCUGUAUGUCUCCUGGGGCUGGGGCAGGGCAUUGGCAGUUAGCAGUGGCCCUGAACCUGGUCUGAUGCCCCCUCAGCUCUUUGACUAUCACUGUGGCUGUUGGGUUUUCUCCUAUUUCUAAAAAUGUUCUCUUGUUUCCUAAGUGACAGUUUUGAAAUAUUGGGUAACCAAGAACUCAGGUCACACAGACCUUGGAGCCCCAUCUUUGCUUGCCACUUAGCUUUGAGAUACUAGGCAAGCGAGGGACUUCACUCUUGAGCCUGUUGUUUCCUCAUCUGUAAGAUGGGGAUAGUGGUACGGCCUACCUCAUAGGGUUGUAAUGAGCACUAAAUGUGAAGUGUUUGGCACAGUGCCUGGCACGUGGUGAGCCACAGCCACUGUGAGUUUCUGUUUUCCCUUUUGUUUUUUUUUUUAAGCCCAAAAAGGGGCCACAACGUUGUUUAUUCUUUGAGGAUUUGUUGCAACUUCUUCAGGAUAACACCUGAGUCCACAGGCUGAGUAGCUGUGGCCCAGACAGAACUGCUCUGGCUUGGCUGUUGCAGCAGGUGGGGCGCUGGCCUCGGUGAGGACACAGCAGCAAGGGUCACGGUUAUCCCUGUGCUCGUCUGUGGUCACCAGGCACAGGUUUGACUUCCGGUCAGUGUCCCGACAUUGUGCGGGAGGUGACAACAGAGCAAAGCAGCACAGGGGUCAGGGAGGUAGAGACACUGCUGAAAUCACACUACUCCACCCUUAGCUGAAGCCCCACAUUCCACAAACUUGGGGGGUCAUAGAUGUCCAGUCACUGGCUCCCUCCCAGUCAGCACAGCACAGAGGAAGGGGCUAGCUGAGGCUUUUACUACUUCUGGCCUGGCUCCAGGACUUUGUUCUAGAUUCCUUAAAAGUCGGUAGCUGGUGUCAAACGCAGUUGAGCAGUAGCUUUGAUCCCUUGGUCUGGGGGUUGAAGGAAGAUAGCGCUGUUAUCAGCGGGGAAAUGUACUAUUUAAGAUCAGCUUUGUUGUAAAACCAUUUGUUCUAGAAUAAAACUCAAUUGUAAAAGUG